CAAACACCAUCCCCACCCACCCCCGCUGCUUCACACUCCCUCAUCGCCACUCUUUACCUCUUUCUCUCCAAAUUCCACACCCUCGAUUCAAUUUUUCGCGGCGGGACUGAAUUCCAUUCGCCGACGAUAGGCUCGCGGCGGAGGAAAUAAACAAAAUCCCGUUCUGCUUUUGCAAUCCCUUAGAUCGGAAACCUAAAUGGCCGGAACUCCGGUCACGUAAAAUCACCUCCAAGCCUGCGAUCGACGGUGAGAUUUCUUGCCUCCGUACUCGGCUUUCUCCUUUGCUCUUCUUUUGUGCUUUAGUUUCUGCUGUUUGUUUGAGGAUGUGAUUUUAGCCACUGUUUGAAUACGGAAAUUUUAUGCUCCGCGGGGAAAUUGAGGAAGUUGAGAGGCCCUCCCUUAGGUUUUGGCUGGAUCAUUGUGUGUAUACUGUUACUAGUUUCAUUGUUGUGGAAUUAGGGAUUUCAACAAUCGAACUGGAAUUAGACCCUAUAGGAUUUUUUUUGAUAAUAGACCCUAUAGGAUUUUGGUUUGACUUGACUGCGCGUUCUUGUGUUCCGGUUAGUAAGAAUCUAUGUUACUGUUGUUGAUGUGUUUUAUCAGUGUUUUUAUGCUUUAGGAAUCAAUGAGUUGGACGGUUAAUUAGUGGUGACUUUUGUUUCUCCUACCUAAUUCGAAUAAGGUUAUGCGGAUUUGAGGGUACCUCUUCACAGGAGAAGCUGAUGUCAAUCAUUUGUCUGACGAUGCUGGAUCAUAUGAGGAGAUCUAUGUGCCACCAUUGGACUCUGAUUAUAAUAGUUUCGAUACUGUUCCGCACCGCAAUGACCAUUUCAUGCUGAGCUGUCAAUGUAGUUUUGUUGAAUUUCAGUUGCAUUUUUCACAUGGUGAGACAUGAUUAUAGGUGGGAUGCCCGUGGAUGCUGACUUUUCGUGGUUUUUAAAGGGUAAAGGAAAAGCCAAGUUGGCCAUUCUUGAUGGCCAGGGGAAUGUUCUUUCUUCAAGCAAACCUUCUGGUGCUCGUAUAGAUAAUACAGAGCCUUCUACAGAACCCACCAAUGAACCUACGGCAUCUCUGACCUUGGCCAGAUCUCAAACCGCUGGGGCAAGAAAGAGGAAACACAGAUCAGGGAGGAAGAUGGGCAAAGAUAGCUCAGAGCCUCCUCUACUGUGGGAAGUUUGGGAGGGAGAGCACAAGAAAUGGCUCGAUGAGAACUGUGUUGCAGAUAUGGAUUUAGAACAACAGAAUGGUUUUGUAGCUGAAGCUGCUGAGGCACCAUCAGAAUAGGUUAUGCCUUUGUUAAUGUACCAGAAGGAGUGGUUGGCGUGGGCUUUAAAACGGGAAGACUCUUCAACAAGCGGGGGAAUUCUUGCUGAUGAGAUGGGUAUGGGGAACACUAUUUAGGCAAUUUCCCUUGUACUUCCCUGGAGAGAUGCACCGAAAAAGUUUGUAAAGUUGGGACUUCGACAUCUGGUUCUAGCGCUGGUUCAUCAUCUGGAAUCAAAACUACCCUCGUUGUCUGUCCUGUGGUAUAGCUGUAACUCAGUGGGUGAGUGAAAUUGACCGUUUUACUUAGAAAGGAAGUGCUAAGGUUCUCGUUUAUCAUGGUGCAAAUAGAGGAAAAUACUACAAGCACUUUGCAGAUUAUGACUUCGUCAUUACCACAUACAGUGUUAAUGAGGCUGAAUUUAGAAAGUAUAUGAUGCCACCUAAGGAACAAUGCAGUUACUGUGGGAAGUCAUUUCAUGAAAAUGAAUUGUGGAUUCAUCUUAAAUAUUUCUGUGGUCCUGGUGCCAUCAGAACUGCAAAGCAGUCUAAGCAAGAGAAGAAAAAACUUAAAUCUCA